AAAUGGAGUAUUUCUUCUUCCUUAAACGACAGAGCCGUGUAAUGAUGAAUUCCCAAAAGUGCAAGUGAGAUCUAGAGGCAUCAAUGGAGGGGUAUGUGUGGGCAAUCGCUGCUGGACUAAACGCUGCUCUUGCAGCCAUCUCUGCCAAAUUCUUCACCUCCCAGCUUAUCAAGUAUGGUUGUGUCAUAUUAUUCAAUGUCACAAUGUGGGGAUGCUAUGUGAAUAGCCUUAAAGCUCUAUCAUCUCUACAAGCUACUGUGACAAACUUUGCAACCAACUUUUUAUCAUCUGGAUUGGCUGGAUUUUUGCUUUUCAGGGAGCCACUACCAGUCCAGUGGUUUGCAGGCGCUUCACUUAUUGUGCUUGGAGUUAUUGUUUUGAGCAAGUCGAGCAUAGAGAAGAAAACUCAUACAAGUUAGAUUAGAUAGCAGGCUUUCUGGAUUUAACUUCCGUUUCUGCAAUCAAUUUCCUGACUGUUUAGCUUUGAAGUUAUGAGCCAAAUUUCAGAUGUAGAUUUUAUUGGCCAUAUAUUGCGUUAGUGUGGCUAUGCUAAUAUUGAAGUUUUGCUGCUCCUGUAAUGCUCAAUGUUUCUCCUUUAGUUAAGAGGGAUAAGAAUUUUCUACUUCUUAACCA